AUGAUUUAUGAGUUCAAGAACAUCCAUGCAAAGAUUGAUGGGAACUAUUCUGACCUCAACAACAAGUACAUGCAACUUGCCUCUCGUCUCAAGGCUUUGGAGAUUCAAGUUGCUUCUAUGCCUUCAUCCUCCAAGCAGCCAAUGGGGUCUCUACCAGGGAAACCAGAAAAGAACCCCAAUGAGUCUUGCAAUGUUGUCUUCUCCACUACUUCUCCAGAGAUUGAGCUGAGUGAUCAUGAGAAAGGGGAGGAUGAGAUUGGAAGACUGGUAUUUGGAACUGAGUUUGGGGAAGUUAAGAGAUUUGUUGUGGCCACAGCUGAAGCACAGAUUGUGAAGGACGCUGCCAGGAAGGUUGAAGCAAUGAAUCUGCAAAAAGCUGAGCACAAGGCUGAGAAACAAGUUGAGAAGAGAGCUGACAACAAGCUGAAAAAGGUUAAGCUAGAGGAAGCCACUGUGGUUGAGCUAUCACCCUAUGAUAAGCUCCCUUUCCCCCAAAGAGUUCUCACCAAAGCUCAGAAGAAGGUGCUCUCCAAGUUCAGGAAAGAUCUUAGUGAUGUUGGGGUCAGGCUUCCAGAAAUCUCGGGUAUGCGUGAAGCUCAUGUCCAGAUGAUGCUCAUCAAUGACAUUCUAGACCACCAAGCUGAAGUAACCGAGCUUUUGGACAUCUCCAUUACGAAGAUUGAUCCACCAAUCCCUCCAAAGUCCCUCCCUAAGCUUGAGUCUCAAGGGAUGUUCACCUUGCCUUGCUACCUUGGUAAGCUCACUUUUAAUGAUGCUCUUGUUGAUUCUGGUGCAAGUGUGAAUGUGAUCUCAAAAGAGAUAAUGAAGAGUCUAGGGAUUGAGAGCAUGGAGCUAAACACAUCUUCCCUACAGUUUGGAGAUUCCUCUUCUACAACUCCUAUUGGUCUCAUCAAGGACUUCCCUUUGAAGAUUGGAGCACGCACCAUUCCUAUAGACCUCACUGUUCUGAAGAUGGCAACUGAGAAGAGAGUCCCAUUGAUCCUUGGCACUCUAUUCCUUACAACAGUAGGAGCUUGCAUAGACUUUGCCAACAAGAAGGUCACACUCGUAAAUGUGAACAAAGAUGUCUCCUAUCCACUACAAUCACCAAAGAUGAUUGCUGAGUAUUGUGGAACAAUCACUUGUGGAGCAUCCUCCAUUGAGAAGACCAAGGCUGAAGGGGUUGGUAUUAAGAAAGAAGGUCUUGCUGGAGAGUCCUCUAAAGAGCUGUGUGAUGAGCACUUGGAAAAUGCUACAAAGGAGGAGGUGAGUAGAGCCACAAAGGCUGCUCAUGGCAAAAAUAAGACGAUGAAAGAACAUUACCCUCCACCUCUUGAUAUAAUGCCACAUACUCUUACUCUUCACCCAAUGAAGUUCAAGGAUGGAGCUAUUGAGUACAAGAUCAAAUGCAAGGGAAAGUCUACACCAUUCUCAAGUGCAAAAACCAUCAUCACUUCACAGCUCCAAGAUGAUCCAAUCAAGCUUCAAGAGCUUCUCUCUCAAGUCCUCACCAUCACUCUUGAAGGUGGGAAAGAUCCUCCUCUUCAUUAG